AUGGAUGCACAAGAAAAACAACGUUUGGAACGACAUUUACAGCGUGCUAUUUCUAAGCGCGACAAGCAUGUUAGGCAGAUGUUAAUCCUGUUCAAAUUAUCACAGACAGUAGAUUCUGAUCCGGCAUCAUUACCAAUGUUCAUUGCGCGUAAUCGAGAUUUAGAAUCACUCAUGGCAGAUUUUCGUGUUGACCAGGAUGACGUUAUGGAGAAAAUGUCAGAGCUAGGGCUCAUGGAUACGUUUGAGCGCGAACAUACUGACAUUGAAACCGUUGUCACGGACCAAUAUUAUUCUAUACAAGCCGUGGCUGGCGCGGUUGCUUGCUGUAAAUCAGAGACGAACAGUUCGAUGACCAUAUCUGAAAAGACACCUACACCCUUUACGCGACGAAGACAGGUAAUAUCAAAAUCGUCUUUGCUGGCUGCCACCAAGGAGCGUGAGCCUAACUGCUAUGCGUGUCAAGGGCCACACUAUGUAUACAAAUGUGAGAAGUUCAAGGGACUACCAACAUCAGCGCGAUCCCAGCUGGUAAGAUCCAACAAUAUGUGUUUGAAUUGCCUCAGUGGUUCACAUACGGCCUCCGCAUGUCCGUCAAAGUAUUCAUGUCGUACAUGUUCCGGCAAACAUCAUUCGCUGUUGCACUUCGAACCACGAAAGCGUCCGACUGGCAAUAACCUACAUAAUAAUGUGCCUUCGGCCUCAACGUCUUCGGGAACCCCGUCUGGUACCAUACCAGCCACUGACGAAGCGUCAUUCGUAGGUACCGCUAGCAUUGACAAUCUGAGUGUUCUGGGCACAGCUAUUAUUCGGAUAUGCAACCAACAGGGCCAGUGGGUACCAGUUCGGGCUCUAAUAGAUUGCGGAUCACAAAUAUCUGCUAUAACAACAAAAUGCGCGUCGCGGCUUGGGCUUACUCGUUGCAAUCGUAAAAUUAAUGUAAUUGGAUUGUCACAGAGCCCUAUAGUGCAGGCAAAAGGCGUAGUCGUGUGCACUAUAGUGCCACUCAGGCGAGAAGAUCAGAAGCUAACUUGUGAACCCGUUGUACUAUCCAAGAUCACCGGGCUGAUGCCAUCGAAAGUAUUGGAUUUUUCCAUCCGAAAUCAGUACAUGGAUCUUGAACUCGCAGAUCCAAAUUUCGAUCGUCCAGGACAGAUUGAAUUUUUAUUGGGCGCCGACGUGUACAACCACAUAUUCGUAAACGGUUACCACGUACGCCAUACGCCAGAGUUGCCUUCUGCUUUCGAGACAACAUUAGGUUGGAUUAUUGUCGGCUCCGCGGCAUCUUCAGUCUCUUCUCAAUCGCAAACAUCCCUGUCAUUGACCACUGAACCGUCACUCAAACAAUUGCUGAAUCGAUUUUGGGAAGUCGAGGAGCCUGUUGUUCAUCCUGAUCCGUUCACAGAAGAACAGAAAUGUGAAGAGAUUUUCCGCCGCACCACUGCAAGAGAUCCGCUGGGGAGGUAUUCCGUAUCGUUUCCAUUCAAAACCAAUCCUUCUGUUCUUGCCAAAAUUUAUGACCCACUCGGAGCCUUAGCACCCAUUACCUUUUGGGCUAAGUGCUUCAUGCAACUUUUAUGGAGAAAUGGAUAUGACUGGGACCAAUCAAUCCCCGACGACUUGGCUGUCUCGUGGAAUUCAUUCUCUACACAGUUGCCUUCGGUUUCACGAGUUAAACUCAGGAGAUAUAUUCCUAUUGAACAGUGUACUGAAGCUCAACUAAUAGGUUUUUCCGAUGCAUCCAAAAGGGGAUAUUCUGCGGUCGUGUACCUGCGAUUAUCAUAUGGGGCAGGAUCCGGCACUGUGCAUUUACUUACAGCAAGAUCGAAGGUUGCGCCGUUAAAUAACAGUCGAUUGGACGAAUCGCUUUCGGUACCAAGGCUGGAAUUAUGUGGGGCAUUGCUAUUAGCUCAAACACUACACCGUGCACAGUCGAAUCUAUCGUCAAUCAUUCACAUAUCGUCCAUUCAUGCAUGGACAGACUCGACAGUGGUAUUGUCUUGGCUGACAACUCGGCAACUUACAUUCAAAGUAUUUGUUACAAACAGGCUUAACAAGAUAAACGAACUUCUGCCCUCUGGUCAGUGGCGAUAUGUACCAUCAUUGCAAAACCCAGCUGAUUGCGUGUCCCGUGGCUUACUUCCUAACGAGGCGUUGCAACACAAUCUAUACUGGGAUGGUCCAUCUUUCUUACAACAGUCACCUGAAAGUUGGACGUCAUCACAAUUGGAAAAAAUUCCAGUCACGGAAUUACCUGAACAGAAAACCGUUGCAGAGACCCUUCACGUGAGUGUUACUCCGACAACGGAGAACGAUUGGCUUGACAAAUUCUCAUCAUUAACUCGCUUGAAGAGAGUAGUUGUUUAUAUUCGACGCUUCAUAGUCAAAGCUCGUCACAAGUCACAACAACGAAAUCCCACGCAUCGAUGUGACGAACAUCCACCUAUGCUUACAGGAUUCCUGAGACAUGAAGAACUUCGUGAGGCUCAAAAGACACUAGUCCAAAUAACGCAACUGCAGGCACCGAAUUUGCCACCUACACUGUGGAAAAUGGGACGGGUCGAAGAGGUCCACCCCGGAGAAGAUGGAGUCGUAAGGGUAGUUAGUCUCCGCACCAGCGAUGGCACCCUCAAGCGGCCCGUGGUCAAAUUAGCCCUUCUUCCCACAACUUAA